CCGACUGCACGAAUCUUUGAUUGCACUACGGAUCGAUUUUGGUAUUAAACCAUAAUGCCAACAGUCGGUGUGAAACGUGACCUGCUGUUCAAAGCACUUGGAAAAACAUACACGGACGAUGAGUUCCAAAAGUUGUGUUUCGAGUUUGGACUCGAACUGGACGAGAUUACGACGGAAAAGCAGAUGAUCACAAAAGAGCAAGGUCAGGUUGAAGCCGCUAAGGACGCAUCUGAAGAGAUAAUCUAUCGUAUUGAUAUACCUGCUAAUCGGUACGAUCUUCUAUGCCUCGAGGGGCUCGUGCUGGGCUUGCAGGUGUUCCUAGGAAAGAUGAAAUUUCCACGCUUCACCAAAGUCGCUCCCGUUGGCAAGGGAGUUGCCCCGCAGAAGCUAAUUGUUACGAGUGAGACUAAUCGCGUUCGCCCUUUCGCGGUUGCAGCUGUUCUGCGUGACAUCACUUUCACCAAGGACAGUUACGACAGUUUCAUCGAUCUGCAGGAUAAACUGCACCAAAAUAUCUGUCGUAAGCGUGCUCUGGUAGCCAUCGGGACCCACGAUUUGGACACGCUUAAGGGUCCGUUUACGUACGACGCGAAACCGCCGAAGGAUAUAAAGUUCAUCCCGCUAAAUCAGGAGAAAGCGAUGACGGGUGAAGAGCUGAUGGAGUUUUACUCAACGCACGCGCAGCUGAAGGCAUACCUGCCCAUUAUUCGAGAUUUCCCGGUCUAUCCGGUGAUUUACGAUGCGAACGGCGUGGUUCUCUCGUUGCCGCCCAUCAUUAACGGUGACCAUUCAAAGAUUUCAUUGAAAACGAAGAACGUUUUCAUCGAAUGUACGGCCACCGAUCUGACAAAGGCGCGCAUCGUUCUCGAUACGCUCGUGUGCAUGUUUUCGUCACAUUGCGCGAAACCGUUUACCGUAGAGUACUGUGAGGUGGUUACUGCUUCGGGCGAAACUCAACAAUAUCCGGAUUUGGCAUUCCGCAAAGAAGCGCUCUCCGUGGCCAAGACAAAUGCUUACAUCGGUUUGAAUGAAUCGGCUGAACAAAUGGCAAAGCUGCUAAACCGCCUGCUUCCGACUCGGCAAACGGAUUCGGACACGCUGGAAGUCGAAAUUCCGCCCACUCGGCAUGACAUGUUGCACGUGUGCGAUAUUUACGAGGAUGUAGCCAUCGCGUAUGGCUACAACCGCAUACCAAAAACGCUUCCGGCAAAGAUGCACAUCGCUAAGCAGUACCCACUGAAUAAACUAACCGAGCAGCUGCGGGAGCAAAUCGCUCAGGCCGGCUUCACGGAGGGCCUUACCUUUACGCUUUGUUCGCGCGAUGAUAUUGCCACGAAAAUGAACGUCAGCAUAGACAGCAUCCCGGCUGUACACAUCGCUAACCCGAAGACGCUCGAGUUUCAGGUGGUUCGGACAACGUUGAUUCCGGGCUUGUUGAAAACCCUGGCGGCCAAUCGCAAGAUGCCACUUCCGCUGAGGCUGUUCGAGGUGUCCGACGUCGUGCUGGCGGACAGUAAGGCGGAGGUUGGUGCGAAAAACGAGCGUCGUGUGUGCGCCGUGAACUGCAAUAAAACGGCCGGGUUUGAGGUGGUUCACGGAUUGUUGGAUCGCGUGAUGCAACUGCUGGAAGUGCAGUGGGACAAGGAAACUGGAUACUAUCUGCGCGCGUGCGAUGACCCGGCGUACUUUCCGGGACGCUGCGCUGCCGUACUGUACAAGGGAGCAGAGAUCGGUCGCAUUGGUGUUCUGCAUCCGACUGUUUUGCAAGCGUUCGAACUCACCACACCAUGCUCGGUUGUGGAGUUCAAUAUGGAAUACUUCGUCUAAAACUGAUGAUGAGGUCGUUUAAAGCAGAAAACAAAUAAAGACGGAGAUGAUUUUCCUUGGCUGAUUCUCUA